AUGCACCUCACUCCUCCUGCCCCUCCUGCUCCUCCUGCACCUCCCUUCACCGGGCCUUCACCUCCUUCACCUCCUGCUCCUCCUGCACCUCCCUGCCAAACCUUCCUCCUCCCCCUCCCCACGGGCCACCUCCUGCAACCCUUCCUCCUCCGGACCUCCUGGACCUCCCUGCACCUCCUCCUCCUGGACCUCCUGCACCUCCUCCUCCUUCCUGCCCCCCGCUGUCCCCCCGGCAGGCGGACCCUCUCAUGGUCCUGGAGUCCCCGGAAAUGGGUAAAAAAAAUUCCGGGGGCCCCCAAGGGGCUUGCCUGGAAGGCCACUGAGUCCUCCGGGAACUAA